UAUUAAUAAGCCAUCGGCACCGUUCAUGUCACAAGUAUCUCUCGAUCCAACGGCUAGGAGUUUUUGUUGACCAUACUCUCUCGUGAAACGAUCUGCGAAAUGCUCCCCCUCCCCCUCAAGCCCUAGCUUUUCGAUUCAGUAUACUUGCUCGAAUUUUAUCUUCCUCGAAUCCGUCGCGCUAUUACUUCGGAGUUUUUCAAAGAUAGGGGAAUAUGCAGGUUUGAUAUUUCACAUUUUUGGAUUCUAGAUCAAAAUUCAUCAAAUAUGGCUUCUGGAGCAUCCGAUGGUCAGCCUUCUGCUGCGCUUGAAGCUGGAAGCAAUAAUUCGCCUGGAGAGGCAACGUCAAAACUCUCUGCUUCUGGGUUAUCAACAUGGGCCAAAAAUUUGCGAGUGACCCAGCCAUUUUCUUCCCCACGAAAUGACUCCGAGGUUUUAAGUUCUGAGAAGUCAACCUUUGCAAGGUUUACAAGUGGGUUAGGGCUUCGUUUAUCUCCUAAAUCUCCCCAGUCAGAUGAAAGCAAUGAAGGGACUUCGAAUGCAGCACAGUCUGGUUUCAUUGGGACAAUUACUAAAGGUUUGGUUGAUUCAUCGAGGAGUGCUGUGAAGGCUGUACAGGUCAAGGCUCGACAUGUUGUAUCCCAGAACAAAAGAAGAUACCAGGAAGGAGGAUUUGAUUUGGAUUUGACAUACAUAACAGAGAACGUAAUUGCGAUGGGGUUCCCUGCUGGUGAUAUGAGUUCUGGAUUUUUUGGAUAUGUUGAGGGUUUCUAUCGCAACCAUAUGGAAGAAGUUAUUAAGUUUCUUGAAACUCACCACAAGGGAAAAUACAAGGUUUACAAUCUUUGUUCUGAGAGGCUGUAUGAUGUAUCAUUACUUGAAGGGAAGGUGGCUAGUUUCCCAUUUGAUGAUCAUAAUUGCCCACCAAUUCAAUUGAUUACGUCAUUCUGCCAAAGCGCUUAUUCAUGGUUGAAAGAGGACAUAGAGAAUGUUGUGGUUGUGCACUGUAAGGCUGGCAUGGCAAGGACGGGGCUUAUGAUCUCUAGCCUUCUACUAUAUCUGAAGUUUUUUCCAACAGCAGAAGAAUGCAUGGACUUCUACAACCAAAAACGAUGUGUGGAUGGUAAAGGGCUUGUACUACCUAGCCAAAUUAGAUAUGUGAAAUACUUUGAACGAAUUUUGACAUACUUCAAUGGGGAAAACCAACCGGGUCGUAGGUGUAUGCUUAGGGGUUUUCGGCUCCACAGGUGUCCUUAUUGGAUCAGACCAUCCAUCACUGUUUCAGAUCAUAACGGUGUUCUCUUCUCCACAAAAAAACAUCCGAGGACGAAGGAUCUCUCGCCGGAAGACUUUUGGUUCACUGCACCCAAGAAAGGGGUCAUGGUCUUUGCCCUACCUGGAGAGCCUGGUUUGACAGAGUUAGCCGGGGACUUCAAAAUCCAUUUUCAUGACCGUCAAGGAGAUUUUUACUGCUGGCUAAACACGACAAUGAUGGAAAACCGAAAGAUUCUGAACACUGGUGACCUCGAUGGGUUUGACAAGAGGAAACUGUCUUCGCCUGGAUUUCAGGUCGAAGUUGUUCUUGCUGAUAUAAGCUCUACUAUUCCCGUGACCCCGAGUUCGCAAUCAGAAACCGAGACACCCAAGGAACCUUCUUCAUCUCAUUUUCCCUCGGCUGAGAACAUUGUAACGGGUCAAGAACCAAAGAAAGAAACCGAGAACCCUGAUAAAGAUGAUGUAUUCUCGGAUAGCGAGGUUGAGGAUUCAGGUUCUUCGAAACACAGAAAACCACAAUUAGGUGUGACUGGUCCAAGCGAAACUUCAUCUAAAAACCCCAAAGGAAGCUUGGAUCAAGUCGCUGAUAUAGCAAAAAAGACCGAGAAAGUCUCGAUCUUGGAAAGCGUGGGAUCACAGGUGGUAAAGGGGACUUCUACUACCAAUGGUGAAGCUUCCGAGAAGACCUCGGGUCUCGAAGCUUCAAAUGCGGAGAGCGAGUUCAAGGUAAUGGCAGCUGAUGCGUCAGUGUUUUCGUUCGGAGACGAAGAAGACUACGAAAGCGAGUGAAGAAGAGCUUCAUCGAUGAAUGUAUCUGUACAUAUAAAGAAAAGAUUACGAAAGGAAGAAAAAGUUCGGGAUCCAAAUCUCUUAUUACAUGUGAAGAUCCAUUCAUUUGCGUUGUUUCUUUGUGAUGUUGAAAAUGUAUCGUCUCUGUCGUAUUAUUUGUGAACGAUCAACAUGGAUUGCUGCACAUAAGUUGCAUUUGUUUCGUUGAUUUGGCCA